AUUUAUUUUUUAGUAUAUUCAGAAGGUAAAUCAAUAAUGACAUCUUCAAUGAAAUGGCUUCCUUUGGAAUCGAAUCCAGAUGUGAUCAGUCAGUAUAUGUGGUCAGUUGGCAUGUCAAAGAAAUGGCAGUUUGUGGAUGUUCUUACUCUUGAUCCAGAAUUAUUAUGUAUGAUUCCACAGCCAACUUGUGCUUUAGUUUUACUUUUUCCUUGUUCUGACAAGUACUAUCGUUAUAAGGAAGAAGAAGAAGAACGUAUCAAAAAUGAAGGACAGAUUGUUAGUAAAGAUUUGUAUUACACUAAGCAAACAAUUGGUAAUGCUUGUGGAACAGUAGCUCUAAUUCAUUGUGUUGCAAACAACACAAGACAGAUUAGUCUUGAGGAAGGAUUUUUAAAGACUUUUAUCGACUCAACGCGUUCACUUACACCAGAUGAAAGAGCGACAAAGUUAGAAUGUAACGAGGCUUUAAUACAAGCUCAUGAUAAUUUUGCUCAAGACGGCGAUACUGAGACACCAUCGCGUGAAGAAGAAGUGAAUCUUCACUUUGUUGCUCUCAUUCAAAAGGAUGGCCAUCUGUAUGAGCUUGACGGAAGAAAAAAAUAUCCCAUCAAUCAUGGUGUAUCGUCACCUGAAACGUUCAUAAAGGAUGCUGCGGAGGUUUGCAGAAAUUAUAUGAAACGCGAUCCUGACAAUCUGAGAUUUACAGUAAUUGCUUUGUCAGAGAGCAGCAACAACUAGAUUUAUUUCGUAUGAUGAAUUUUUUAGUCAGCAAUGAUAAAACAAUGCAAAAGAAUAAGAUUAUAAACUCAGCAAAAAAAUAAGAUUCUAAAUAUAUAAUACAAAGUGUUUUUGCAUAAGAACACGAAGUAUUUGAAACAUUCAUUAAGUCAUUUGUUAAACAUUCAUUUGUUAUAGUCAAUUAUUUUCUUUAUGAUUGACGUUGUCAGUCAGUGUACAGAAUGUCAAGAAUCAUCACUUUUAAAUCCAAUUAUCCAAACAAAGAUCAUACAUAUUAACAAUGUUCAAUAAAGUAAAAAAUCUUCCCAACCCAGUCUUUGGAAUCCAUGUAGUAAUUUGCAAUAAAGAUUAAAAAGAACAAAAGAA